CCCGGGCUGCCGCCGCCGCCUCGCAAUCCGUUGCAUCGGCUGCCCCCGACGCCUCCAUCUCCCCUCGGGGCCUGAUAUCCGUGCGGCCGGGACCCUCCUCUCUCCAGAGCCCCGAUUAUUUUUGGCCCCCGGGGCCUGUGCGGUGCGGAAAAAUAAAAAGAAAAGAGAGAGAGGGGGUUCUGAAGCGCCUGGCGGGGAGGCGAGGAGAGACUUGGAAACUCCGACUACAAAUAAUAAAGAAAUUGAAAGCAAUAAAUUAAUAUAUCGUAACACUAAAAAAGAGCAGGAGCGAGAAUGAGAAAGGGGAUCCAGCCCGCCCUGGAGCAGUACCUGGUGACCGCCGGGGGUGGGGAGGGGGCGGCUGUCGUCGCCGCCGCCGCCGCAGCCUCCAUGGACAAAAGGGCACUGCUAGCCAGCCCCGGCUUUGCCGCCGCCGCCGCCCCGGGAGCGUACAUCCAGAUCCUCACCACGAACACAUCCACCACCUCCUGUUCCUCCUCCCUCCAAAGCGGCCCCCUCCUCCCCAGUGUCCCCGGCGCGGAGCCGGCCACCGGCAGCCUCCUCUACACCACGCCGCACGGACCCUCCAGCAGAGCCGGGCUGCAGCAACCCCCAGCGUCAGGACGCGGCGGCGGCGGCCCUCCGGCAAAGCGAAGGCUGGAGCUGGGCGAGAGUGGCCAUCAGUACCUCUCAGAUGGUUUAAAAACUCCCAAGGGCAAAGGGAGAGCUGCACUACGGAGUCCUGAUAGUCCAAAAACUCCAAAAUCUCCCUCAGAAAAAACACGGUAUGAUACGUCACUCGGUCUGCUCACCAAGAAGUUCAUUCAGCUACUGAGCCAGUCACCUGAUGGGGUCUUGGAUUUGAACAAGGCAGCCGAGGUGCUCAAAGUGCAGAAGAGAAGGAUCUAUGACAUCACCAACGUGCUGGAAGGCAUCCACCUCAUUAAGAAGAAGUCUAAGAACAACGUUCAGUGGAUGGGCUGCAGUCUGUCUGAGGAUGGAGGUAUGCUGGCCCAGUGCCAAGGCCUGUCAAAAGAAGUGACUGAGCUCAGUCAGGAAGAGAAGAAAUUAGAUGACCUGAUCCAAAGCUGCACCCUUGACCUCAAACUGUUAACCGAGGAUUCGGAGAAUCAGAGGUUAGCUUAUGUUACAUAUCAAGAUAUUCGAAAAAUUAGUGGCCUUAAAGACCAAACUGUUAUAGUUGUGAAAGCCCCUCCAGAAACAAGACUUGAAGUGCCUGACUCGGUCGAGAGCCUACAAAUACAUUUGGCAAGUACCCAAGGACCCAUUGAGGUUUACUUGUGUCCAGAAGAGACUGAAACACGCAGUCCCAUGAAAACAAACAACCAAGACCACAAUGGGAAUAUCCCUAAGCCCACUUCCAAAGACUUGGCUUCCAACAACUCAGGACAUGGUGAUUGCUCAGUUUCUAUGGCAAACCUUUCUCCUUUGGCCUCCCCAGCCAACCUUUCACAGCAGACUGAGGACCAAAUUCCUUCCACCCUGGAAGGACCAUUUGUGAACUUACUGCCUCCCCUGCUCCAGGAGGACUACCUGCUGAGCCUGGGGGAGGAGGAAGGCAUCUGCGACCUCUUCGAUGCUUAUGAUCUGGAGAAGCUGCCCCUGGUGGAAGACUUCAUGUGUAGUUGAUCGUGCUUUGUAUGAACUCCUUACAAACCAAUAUUUUUUAUCAUGGAACAGAACAUCUGUCAUGCAGUGUUGCCCCUCCCCACCUUCGUCCUCCAAGAGUGUCAUGAAGUAAAUUACAAACUUCAGAACAAAGCUGACAUUUGAAUUGUCAAGGGUUUUUUUUUUUGUUUGUUUGUUUGUUUUAGUUUGGGGGAUUUUUUUGUUGUUUGUUUUUUGUUUUUGUUUUUGAUAUAAGCGCACAGUUGUGGGAUCCCUUGGGAAAGCCCUGCCUGAUCCCCAGGCUUGAAAAUCUCUUGGAUGAGUCAGCAAGUGAGAAGAUGUGCAAUUAGGUGUCUCUCACCUGUCCUUUUUUCCCCUUCCUUCCUCUUUCCCUUUCUCCUUUCCUUCCUGUCUCCCUCCUUCCCCUAGGAAUUGGCUUGCUGUGCCUGACAGAUGGGCUGUAGAAUGGGGUCUGGCCACCUGGCCCACUGGACAGCAGUAAUCUUCCUUCCUAGCAUUUCAAGCCGUGCCUUCUCUGCAGAAUGCAUGUCUUUGGGGUCUGCUAAUAUGGAAUGGAACUCUGCCGCAAAUGCAAGCUUGAAAUCAUGCAAGAGUAUAGAAUGGAUUUCUUCAGCUCUUCUUGGGAAUAUUUAAAUUACUGUCUUAAUUCAGUGUAAGCUAUGGACGUUGUGUCCCACCAGGAGGUCAAGCAAACCUCCGAAGCCUUUUGGAUGAGGAAGCUGUUUGCAAGGACUGGCUGCAGGUACAGAAGACUGGUAGAGUUCUGCCACUCAAAGCUGGUGUGGGUUUUCCUGUCUUCAUAAACCACCUCCACUCUGUCUCCCACCGUGUUCCUGAGUUUCCAGUUAAUUUGUAGCAAGAGCAGACUUAGGACUUCCUUGUGGGUUGUUUUAGAAUUUCUACUUUUCUAGCCGCCAUUAAGCAUUCCUGUGGCACCCAUCACCAUUUCAAUGGAAUUGUUUACUUUAAAGCGGUUUUUUCAAAUUCAUAUUUCUUUAGCAGAGGAGAGAGCCUCUACUGAUGAGAGCAUCCAUGCUUGUGUGACCUAAGGUCUACCAGCCCUCUGCAGAAAGCAUGGCUUCAUCUUGCUUUCUUCCCCAGGAGGGGAGCUUAGAGCGAGACAGCUCCAGAGCUCGCUGACAUGAGAGGCCGAUAUGAGGGCAGCAGGUCAGAUGACAACAGUCCCAAGGAACCCCUUCAUCCUUGGGCUUCCCAGACCCCUGUGACCGGGGAAAGGGCUCUUAUGCCACACUCAGGGAGACCACUUCUCAGGAUGGGGUCAGGUAGAGAAGCCUGGAGGACAAAAGUCAUCGACUACAUGAGUGGCGUUCUGUCAGGGGCACUUUCUUAAGCUGCAUGCACAGGGUGCUCCCACUGUGUUGGAGGAUGGGCUAGUUCUGGCCAGCGCUCCAUCCACUGUGAAGGAGCAGGCCGGUUAAGGGAAGUCAAGAGGUAGAAAAUUCAGUGAUAGAAUGCCUGGGCAUCUCCCUUUUUACUCCUCAGGAAUGGUGUCCCAAGCUGGGGGCUCUGUGUCAUCUGCAAAUCCUACCAGUUGCUUCCAAGAAUGGCAUUCCCACUGGCAGAUGGCAGUGGCCAUCUUGCCCUGGGCACAUGGCAUAGUACCUCAAAUCCAUUCCUUGGAUGCUAAGGGCUGCAGAAAUGAGGAAGUCACAAAAAUAAACCUCCAACCAAACAGUUGAGAUACUAUGUGCCCAGCCUGUUGGGAGGCACAUAGUAGGCAUUCAUCUCAUGUUUGGUGGAACUGACAAUAUCCCUUAGGAAAAAAAAGUUAAUAAACCACAAGAACCCCAGCCAGUUUACUCUAGAUAGAUUUCCACAAUAUGCAAAGAGGUGGUGGGGUCAAGACAGAAGACACCAGCACUUUAAACUCUGUGUGUGGGUAUGCAUGGUGUAUGUUUGGAAGAAAAAAAAAAUAAGGUGCAGACUAUCCUCUCUCUCUUCUUCAGCCUCCAACCCCAGCCUCCUCCCCUCACGCACACUGGACUUGGUACAAAAUAUCCGUGUGGUCCGAGAUGAAGCACCGGGGUGGGGGAGGGAGGGGAGCUUCAUGUUAAGUGCCUACUGGAAAUGCACUGUGGGGUUUUUUCCUGUAUGGGAAACCGUUUAUGCCAAGCUUUCCCUCAUUUCCCAUAUUUAGCUCAUCUGGUUAGCUGCCUCUGCUUCCGGCUUUGUGUCAAUUCUCUCUGCCAGCUGCACAGAGCUGUUUUUUCUCCCAAAGUCUAAUGACUGAACUCACCUGGCUAGGUUAUUGUGUGUUUUGUUGACUUUCUCCUUGAACCUAUUCGUAAUGUGAUACCAUAUUUAUUGUUUUAAGAAAUGGAGGGAAUGCUAAUAAGUCUUAAAAGUUCCUUCAUGCUUAAGACUCCACCAGUGAAUGGCUUAACUGGUGUACAUUGAUGAGAUGUUCAUACUGUAUUUCUGUUUGCAUUAGUCAUUUAUUUUUACAUAGUCUGGCACACAGAGUAGGUGAGUACUACAGUAUUUAUGUUACGUUAAAGUACUGAGAAUGCAGGCUUCCUGGUACCAUUGAGUUGCUGCUAUUAAAGCUCACACAUGAAAUGGCUAAAAGUUACAAGCGUGCGAAUUAUGACUGCGUGAGCCUUAGAGAAUAAAGUGUAUAAAGGACAACACGUGAGCUGUCAGACAGUGUUAGACGUGUGUGUAUAUGUACAGACGUGUGUAGCGGUUGUUUUAUUUAAGUUCAUAUCCAGUCUACUCACAGUCAUUAUUUACCAAUUUUGUACAGAGAUAGCAAUUAACUUGUGAACACUGCCAGAAGAUUUUCUAGCUGGUUUGUAAUUUUUUAAGUGUUAUCUUGUUUUUGUCUUUCGUUGUGGUUCCUCGUUUUCAUCUUUUUGUCGUAUGUGUAGAUCUGUAAAUAGAAUAGCAGUAUUUAAAGCUUUAGCUUUCAGGAAAAACGAAGUAAGAACUCAGAGUGUGCAUGACAACGUGUGUGUCUGAGAAGAAGGGACUGAAGGAGAACGCCUUGCAGAGGAAGUCAGGUGGCAGUUGUCAGGGUGUGGGAAUUUCUUUUCCUGCAGGGUACAUGAUUUUGUAAAAAGGAAGUAUUUCUCCCAAGAUUGGGAGUAGGUAAACUACUUAGUUUAGCUUUGUGUUGUAUGCUAGUUUAAAAAAAUAAAAUAAUGUAAUAUAAUGUAAAAAAUAAACAAAAAAAGCUUUUAUGAUGGAUUUUGUAAAUAGAUUUGUUACAGGGUGACCUGUUCUAGCUGUGAUCUUACCACUUCAAAUGGGUGUAAUUUGAAUAAUUUUUGUAUGGUAAAGGAUCAAUAAAAUAAUUUUUUUUAAGAGUU